UUUCCUAUCCCUCUCGGGGCCCAACCCUUUAUCCAAACCUUUAUCGUUUAAUUUAAUCUUUUUCCAAUCUCCCAUUUUAAAGGGAGGAUGGCCGCCUUUCAUCUCCAUCAAUGUCAAUUAACCUUGACCGAAGCCGUGAAUCACUUGAUCAUUCAAUUUGUUCAAUUCCCACAAAAGAAACUGAAAAUAUUUCUCAAGAAUUUUUCUCUUCUUUACCUUCUCCAAUAUUGUCUUCAUCCACUUUAGUUGGGUUAACUAACGGUGGUACUAAAAAUAUUAGUGAGAGAGAUUUUGAUUCAUCUCAAAGAAAUGGUGCUAAUGGGAUGUUAACUACUGGAAUUGGUGAUAUAAUGUCUAAGAAACAAUCAGAAAAAGCCUCAUCAACCUCUUCCUCAUCCCCAGCAUAUAUUCAAAAAACCUACAUUGAGGAGGAAGAAGAGCCCAUGCCUUUACCUCCCCCACCUCCAUCUACUACUACUUCUAAUGGCCUAACUACUAAAUUAACUACCACAAAUCUUCCUCUAAAUGGAUCUUCUUUCCCCGUUUCUUUAAGACAAGAACCUCCUCCUCCACCUCCAUUACCAACACUUCCUCCAGUUUCCUCACCCGAAUCAGUAUUGCCUUUGUGGGGUAGAAAUGAAAGAUUAACAAGUUAUUUGCAUGGUUAUGGAGCAACUUUGCCAAAAAAUUUUGAGACUGAAAAAGAAUCUAUUGAACGUAGAAAACGUCAAGAAGGAGCUGCAGUUGAAGGAGAAGGGAAAGAAAAUGGAAUUAUUAAUAAUUAUGUCCCUCCACCUUCUUAUAGAUGGAUUGAAGCUGAACGGAAAAAAAUGGAAGAAAGACAAAAGGAAGGAGAUAGAGCUUGGACAAUUCACCCAAUAGCCUUAAAGGAACGUCCAUCUUCUAGAAGCAUCCAAGAAGACAAAAGAAGGCCAAUAGUCAAUGGGGAAAGAAAUAUUCCAAUUAAAAUACAUCCAGAUAGCUACAAGCCUUUCUCGGCAAGUAAUGAUUGGUUCCAUUCACCUUUUUAUGAUAGUUUGUGGCCCCAGAGAAGUGGUUUUGGUGGAUUUCAACGUGAGAAUAAUUUUUUAAAAAUUAGGGGAAAAAAUGAUUUUUUAAUAUUUUUAACCAUUUUCUACUCAUUUUUUAACGCAAAUUUAUUUUUAUUUUAA